GUGUUCGUGCCCAAAAUAUAGUUUCUCGAUGCUGGUAGGAUCGAAAUUGGUAGGAUGGUCGUUCGACGAGUUAUUGGCUGCUAAAUGGCGAUUGUUUUGCUUUUCGUUUCGCGUCGUUUUCGCCAAUCGGUUACCCCUUCCGACGGAAACCGUGUCACGUAAUGUCCGGGUACACAAUCGAGUGUCAGCAAGAGCCAAUCUCGGUCAAAUGAAGUGAUUUGUGGCAGCUGUAAUUUACACUGGUGUGUCCAAGUUGAUUUUUCCUACGCGUAUCGGGGGGAUGUUAUUGCUUUAUUUAUUGUCCGUGAGUUCUAGACGAUGUUGCCAAUUUGGGUUUUAUUAGUGAAGUGGCGAUUUGCUUAUUCGUGAGACAGAGUAGCAGGACGGGCGACAAUGAUGAUCGAUUACUGAAGGGAACCUACUAUGGCGAGUGUGUGGUUUGUUACCAGGUCUGGAUCUUGAGGCAGUGUGGCAAAUCUGGCCAAAUGCAAUUGUUGGAUAUUUAGUUCGGCCUACGUCGUUGACCGUGAGGAAGAUCAUUUGAGGAAAAUUUGCAUAAUCUUCGUAUUUGCUGUAUUGUGAUUUUGUGCUCCGUGUCUUGUCUUCAAAUUUGAUGUUUACCCACAUAUUCAAUAUAUGUACAACUAGGCGAUCUGAUGCCUGUACCGAUAAGUCGCGAUUGCUGUAUUAGUGCUUGUUUGUGUGGGAUCAGAAAUUCUACAAUAUUUAGGGAAGAAAAUAAAAAACAUCUGCACCUUAGUAUCGUUACUGUUUAAAGUCUAGUUUUUAUCAAUUUGUGACACAGCAAUUUCAAAGAAGUACAACGUGACACAUCAAUUAGGGUGUACGAAAAUCGUUUUACAUAAUGUACAUAAUAUAUGGCUCUUGCGUGUGAUAAGUCAGAGCAAGGGCGUUCGCUGGUGUUGGUGCAACCGGUCCCAGUAGUGUAGUACCCCUUUCCAAUCAAUUUAUUGUUCUAAGCGCAUAUAAACAAUGAGCGCUUUCUGUUCCAGUCGCUACUUAGACUAAAUAGUGUUCCCCCUCGAAUCGGCGAUAGUGGACCGAACGGAGAACCGAUACUGACGGCAUCUUGGCAGUUUGAACGCGUAGCAGCCAAGAUGGACCGUGAGCAAUCUUAGCCUUGGGAACGAAGGACACAAAAAGAAGAAAAAACUACGCAGUAUACACAUCAUCUGGUUUUCGCUGCUCGGUCGCUCGUUUGGACGAGCGAUAUAAAUAGGCUUGCCUUUUUAUUUGCUGUUCAUCACCGUCAUUAGCCAAUACUUUCGUACGACCCAGCGGAAAGUACCCACACCCAUCCAUCCCUCCCCCCAACAACAGUAGCGCACCCCACGCGUCAUACUUUGUGCAUUGAUCAGUGAAACGGAUUCCAUUAAUUCAGCGAACCGUGUCGUGGGUGGCGGCGGAGCCAUCUCCAGCAUGAAGGAGGAAUCCAAUCUGAAGCCUUCGCCACCCACCGGCAGCAGCGGCCUGGUUUCCGUCAUCGGAUCGCAGAUUGCUGCCUACCCCGGUGCAAGUGGGUUAACUACACUGCUGCAGCGCCCGCCAAGAACCAUCUCGGGCGCCAGCUACGAUUCCGAGAGUGAUGACAGCAUGCAGAGGGGUGCCGGCGGUAGCCACUCGUCGGUGGCAUCCGCGACAACGUCGAUGACGAUGGCAACAGAGACCAGCCGGAUUCGGGUGGAAUCCGACGGGGAGAAAAUGGACAACAGUGCCAGCGGGAACAACAGUGCUUCCAAAUACGACUGUGAAGACUCCAAAGCUACUUGUAAAAUCCUAAAUGGCCGUGAAGCGCGGAACCGAGCGGAGAAAAAUCGCCGCGACAAGCUCAACGGCUCCAUCCAGGAACUGUCCGGCAUGGUGCCGCACGUUGCCGAAUCGCCCCGGCGGGUGGACAAAACGGCCGUGCUGCGGUUUUCCGCACAUGCCCUCCGAGUGGACUAUGUUUUCAAAUCCAACCCGGACCAGCCCCAUCAGCAGCAACCCAAAGCGAACGUCGUAGUACAAAAGAGUGAGGUGCAGGACACACUGUUCCGGAUGCUGAACGGAUUCCUGCUGACCGUAACCUGCCGGGGGCAGAUUGUUCUGGUUUCGGCAUCGGUCGAACAGUUCCUCGGACACUGUCAGACCGAUCUGUACGGCCAGAAUCUGUUCAACCUGAUCCACCCGGACGAUCACAACUUGCUCAAGCAACAACUGGUGCCCAGCAACUUAGUCAAUUUGUUCGACUCGGCGGUGCCCGUUGCGUCAACGAGUCGAACGUCCACAUCCAGCGGGGCCAGCCCGAUGGAAACGAACGCCGAUGAUCAACAGCGACGAUCACAGGACGAAGAGGACGAGAUCGAUCGCAAGCUGCGACAAGAUAGGAGAAAGUUCACCUUGAGGAUCGCCAGGGCGGGGCCUCGAUCAGAGCCUACAGCAUACGAGCUAGUCACGAUAGAUGGAUUUUUCCGGCGAGCGGAUGCCGCUCCACGUGGGGAGCGACCUAGCGGUCCCUCUGGGCUACAGUUACUAAGGAGAGCGCGCGGUCGGGACGACGGGAUUUCUUUACAUAGCAUUAAUGGGAAUGAUAUUGUUCUCGUUGCAAUGGCUCGCGUGCAAAAGGUGCCAACCAUCUGUGAUCGUUUGAUUGAGGCUUGCAGGUAUGAGUACAAAACUCGUCAUUUAAUUGACGGAAGGAUAGUGCAAUGUGACCAUCGAAUAUCGGUGGUGGCUGGUUACCUAACGACGGAGGUGUCUGGAAUGUCGGCGUUUACGUUUAUGCACAAAGACGAUGUCCGGUGGGUUAUCGUGGCUCUUCGACAAAUGUACGACAGUCAAAACUACGGAGAAUCAUGUUACCGAUUAAUGACCAGGACAGGAGACUUUGUCUAUUUGAAAACGCGCGGUUACCUGGAGGUUGACGACAGUUCCAAAAAAGUGCAAUCAUUUGUGUGCAUCAAUACGCUAGUCACGGAGGAGGAAGGCCGGAGGCUUGUACGCGAAAUGAAGCGUAAGUUUUCCGUCAUAGUGGAGGCGGAGGAUCUCCCCGACGAAAGUGACGAACCGGCAGUAGAAAAUCCAACGCAAAUCGAGAAAGCCGUACUAAAUCUGCUGACAAACCUACACUCGGAAGAUGACGAGCCCAUGGAACGCGCCCUACCACCGAUCUCUUCUCAGAACGCGGAUGCCUCUGAAGGGUCUCAACUAGCCAUAAUAGCACCAAGUUCAAAAGCGGUCAAAUCAGCCAUCGUUAAGAGCAUGAAUGUGAUUGCCAUCGCUUCCAAGAAGCUAUCAAACGGAAGCAACUCACCGUUGCGAGAAUCCGCUGGCACUAGUCCCAAACCGAACGAACAUGCUGGCAGUUCGUCGGGUAUCAUCACAAGCUCUGCAACGAUGCAACGGCCUUCUGUUCUGCAGAAAACGCAAACUCCCGCCCCGGAAUCACGAGUGCCUCCGCUACAUGGUGCCGAUCACGAUUUCAUCCAGCCGUACUCUCCGGCCGGUAGCACCAGCAGCAGUAGUAGCAGCGGCGGUUCCGUUUUCUCUCCCGCAUCACACCAUCGAAAUAGUAGAAGCCCGUUUGGAGGCAGCAUCCCGCCAACAUCCCCACCCGCCAUCGCUGCCACGCCAUCAACAUCGAUUUCACGGGCCAUCGACAACACCGCAAGUGGCCACAGCAGAUCGAUCAGCGUGCUCAAACGAACCCACAGCAACAGCAGCCCGGAUGGCAGCAGCAUAGGGCAGACGGCCGAAUUUGUGGUUCAGAAGCGCGCCAAAGUCAGUACGACACUCGAUCUGGAUGCGUGCAGGACAAGGCUUUCCAAUCCGGCAACGGAUCUCAUAACAAUGUUGCCGCAAGCCUUCCAUGCAGUCGAUCAGUCUCUGAUGAAGGUCGAUGGCGACACGGCCAGACUAAGAGCCCAGGUCAGUGGAUAUGAGAAUUUGCAGAGCAAAUCUCUUCAUCAACUGGAUAGCAUAGUGGAAGCAUCACACGAACAACGAAACGUGCUGCAGUCAAUUAAGCACGAGCUCACCCAGUUCCAGUCGAACAACAACAACAACAACAACAACGGUAAUGUCGGAGACGGCACUGGACCCAGGAGAUCCAUCGGUGUCAACGAUCUGCUGCCCAGUGGUGCCAUCGUCGAUGAUCUGGACCAGCCCUCGCUGAUGAUGGAUGACUUCCCGAGUGACAACUCGAACCUGAUGGCAGACCUGGACAACAACGGUAGCCUCCUGGAGGGAGGAUCGCCGCUGGAGUUCUUCAGCUCGAUCAGCACGCCGCUGACUUCGCCAACCACAGCCACUGCUUCGGUCAUCACCUCAAGUCGCUCGGUUACCGGAGCGGGUGCCGUUGGUGGUGCCAGCGCUGGAGCAGCGGCAGCCGCCGGUUCAUUCUACCAAGGUACAGACUUGAACCCGAGUUAAUGAAGACUACGGCUGUGGGGAGAAUUUGUCGAAAUCGGGAGUGGAGAAUGAACCAAGCGCGAGCUUAUGAAUUCAAUUGAGUUCCUCAAAUGUAGGAGGAAUUUUCUGGAUGUUCCACGGUGCGCUGUAUGUGUGUAGUGUGAAUGUGUAUUUUGUUAUUAAUCUAAACGAGAGUGUUUAUAAUGGUAGCUUUUUAAGGAGUCAUUUAAGUGCAAGAAAUACAAAGAAACCAAGCUAUUGUAGUCUACACGAUAUUGUGCAUAUAGUUUUACGUGUUGUGUAAAUCAACGAUUAAGGCAAACGUGAGUGAUAUGAGUUUUUCACAUUGAAAUUGAUAGUAUUGUUCCCAUCCACAAAAAUUUUUCCGCGUUAUUGAAUAUAUUAUUAACGAAAAUCGUACCUACGAGAAUAUAGAUGGCAAGAGAUAUAGCGAAUGAGUCUUAUAUUUAGGUAAACAAAUGGUACUGUAAUUUGUAAGUUUGUUGGUAGUUUUUAAAAAGAUGAAACGUGUUUUAUUAUGAACCAUCUAAAUAUAUAUUUUAUUUAGUUUAUAAUUUUCUAGCUUUACACAUUUGUAAAACUCAAAUAAAUGGAAUACAAAGGUUUAACUAGUGCCCAUAUGCACCCGUAACAUUGAUUUUGUUGAUACCAACACUGUAAAUAACCCAAUAGGAAAAUGCCCCUUUCGGGAUGGUUACAAACUCUCUUCUAAACUUUAAUCUAGGCAAAUUUUGCAUUCUAUAUGAAGGUUCCUCGGUAAAAAGCUUUUCACGAACCGGAAAAAUUUAAACCACACAGAUUAGGUCCAAUGGAUUGUUCAAUGUGCUAACAGAAUGAUACAAAAAAGCAGGAUGAAAACUUUGACAAACCCAUAGCUAUUAACGGCAAAGCACACUUACCCUCAAGAAACCAUUUCUAAAGAAAUCGAAGGAGAAAAAGUCGCGAAUAUUUGUAUAUUCGGGCAUUAUCUGUAGUGUUUACUUUAAUGUUUAAGACUAAACCCAACCAAUAACCUUCAAAACAACCAACCAACCAACCAAUCAUCCAAACAAACCAACAAACUCAAACUAAAGCACAUGGUGUAAUAAAUGGAGAAAAUAAAACAGAAAAACAAUCACAA